AUGGCUCUACGAAGCGACAGCUCUUUGGGCGAGGUCUGUGAGGUAUAUGAGUCUACAAUCGACUUGUCGGGUACUCAGGACUUCCCUCACAUCGAUAUCGACCUGCUCUCGCUGGAUAUGACACCGUUCUCCGAAUCUUUCUCCGGCCUAAUCGACGGCCUUGACGAUUAUGACGACCUACGAUCCACCCAUGAUAACGAAAGGCACGAAGAACCGAGCUACGAUGUCGAGCAAUACUCGAACGUUAACGAAUUUGACCCUGAGUGGGACGACGAAGACGUGGAGGAAGUCAUGGUCCUCACUCAAAAACAGCGACAUAGCACCCUCCCGACUAUCCGUGAAGAACAAGACGCCGUUUCCCUCGCAUCUCAUGACGGAAUCACACCACACACCUCCCGUCGAGUCUCGCUGACGGAUUUCGACAUCAUACCUACCUCUACAUACCCCAUGCUGUGCAGGAAACGUUCGACAAGCAGACUUUACGCAAUCAAGACCCUUGAUCCCGGAUUUCUUGACGAGAAUACCAUCUUAGAGUCCAUCGCAGCACUGGAGGUACCUUUUCUCGAGCGUCUAACGUGGAGUCUUCCCGGCGUAGCUGACGGCGAUGAAGGACGGAUUUAUCUAAUCUUGGAAUAUAACUGUCGUGAAUCUCUAGCAUCUUUGGUAAAUGCAGGGUCCCUUGCCGCCAUAGAUGCCCAUUUUUAUGCUUGUGAACUAGUUGACGCUCUUUCUUCUUUACAUGAUGCCAAUAUAGUCCACCGGGACCUCACGCCAUUCAACAUUUUCAUCGACAACAGCGGCCACAUUCUACUCUCCAACUUUUCCAACGCGACGAUCCUCGCGCAGGGAAGACAAUCGUCUUUGCCUGCAAGCGCGACCCUCGAAUAUCAGGCACCAGAAGUAUUCCUUGGGUGGUGUCAUAACCAAGUCGCGGACUGCUGGUCUUUUGGUAUCGUGCUUCAGUUCAUGUUGACUGGCGAGAACCCCAUCUCUGACGGGAAGAAUACAACGACAUUCAGCGAUCGAGUCUUGGCGACGGAAGUAACCUUCAACAACGUGGAAUGUCCGGACGCGCGCGAUUUAAUCCAGAAGUGCCUGGAGAAGAACCCAGCUCUUCGACUGACCAUAGGAGAUAUUAGGAACCAUGUUUAUUUUUCGACCGUGGACUGGGCCAAUGUACGCGCCAAAAAACUUGUAACACCAAGCCGGCUACGCACAUCAUCUCCCAAGUUGCGACCGCUUAGCCAAGAUUUUCCCCUUCCUCCCCAUUCACGGCUUUCCGAUACCUCGCUCGACUUCUCCUUCACUGUACAGAGGGCUAGCAAAGCGGUACCCACUGUUCCGCGCCUCGAACGAGUGGACGUUGGACCGCAAAGGCCGCUCUUGAGAGUUCGGUCUUCGGGUUCGAUGAGCGAGCUUCGUUCGCGGAAUCAAAGCAAACGCUGGUCGUUAAAUGUCUCAUCCAAUUCCGCACGGGUGCCUCUGCAUCGAUCCAGCCAUAGCAUCCAUGACAUAAGAAUGCCCGCCUUGACUUCAGACAACGAGCUCCUCGCUUCGGCAAGACACAGUCUCCAGAUUCCAACACCAGAUAUGCUACCCCCAAUCUUUCGCCCGACCCCGCUCGACAGUGAUGUUGCUGAAGAAGAAGAGCCAUCUUCAAGCUCUCCAGCACUCUCGUCGCCGACCAUUUGCGAGCCAAGUCCUCGAGAGCGAAUGGCUCGAUUCUGGGACACGAUUGAUGCAGAAGAGCAACAAAGACCAGAAGCAACGACGCUGGAAUUGCGAGACUUCAUGCGGCUUGCUUUGCCCGGCCCGCCACUUCCUCGUUCUGGGGCUCGAAUGAGGAAACGAGGCUCGUUAGGCUUGCUCAGUUCGCAAUCCGACAACCGGUUAUCGAUUCUCUCGUCUCCUUCUAGCGGCAACAGGCUCCGUAAGAUCCGUCGUCCGCUUAGCACACCAAUUCUCCGCAAACGCUCAUCAGAGGCUCUCGUUAACCUUCCUUCUGGUGUAGAGCAAAUCGGUAUGGGGAUUGGGUUCACGUAUAAGAUUCCGGCCGCAAAUCAUUCCAAAGCCUCCAUUUGCACCUCGUCUGCUGCAGGAAAGCUGUUGGGGUUCGGCAAGUCCAUUUUGCGCAAGGUCAAGUCGACGCCGAAAUUCACUUCAUCAUCGAAACCGCAAGUGACUACUGGUUUGGCUGGGCGAAGGGCCCGAGGUCCGCCAGCCAGAAUCCAAACCGGUGGUGGCCGUGUGGUGACACCAGGUUUACACUCUCCUGCGAUUUCGGAAGGACCCUUGACGCCAGAUUCCAUGAUAUUCCCUCCUAUUCCCGAAAUUGUGGGCGACCCGUUUGCAAAGGACGACCCUCAGACGAUGAUUGGAGAAGUACACAUUGGGAGGGUGAGGCUGGUUUCUGCUGGACAAAAGAUGGCGUAUUCGUUAAGCACGGACAACCUUUGA